AUGGCUCGCCGCUCCGUCCCCCGCGUGCACGACCACCCCGGUCGCCGCCAGCCGACCUCGCCCCUCGCCGCCAAGGGCAUUUUCUUCCUCCUCCUCCUCUCGCUUCUCGGUCUCCUGGUGGAGACCGCACCCGCUGCCUCCGCCACCCCCGCUACUACUAUCACCACCACCACCACCAUCAUCAUCAUCACCACCAGCUGCGCCCUCCCCUCCUCCUGCGCUACUACCAUGCCGGCUGACGACCGGUACAUCCCCGCCGAGACCACCAGCAGCAGCAGCAGCACCACCACCAUCAUAAUCAACAACAAGCACGGCAGCAGCAACACGAGCACGAGCAAGAGCAAGAGACACCAACAUGCCAAACCCACCGAGCACUUCCAGGACUCCAUGUAUGACACGCCCGGCCACGCCAUCGCGGCCGGCCUGAUCGUGGGCGUGACCGGGACCGCCCUCUUCUGGGCCAUCAUCGGCGUGGCCGUGUUCAUGAUCAGGGUGUACUUUGCGUGGAUCUGUCGGGCACUGUUGUUGGGCAUCCGGAGGGGAUGGGGUUGGCGCUGGCAUUGGCGCUGGUACUGGCACGGAGGGGAUGGGGAGGAGGAGGGGGUUGAUACGAGGAGAUGGGGGGUUGUUUUUGUUUAA